AGCGAUUGGUUUUAAAUCCCACCAAAGUAUCUCAGUGACGGUUUUCACUUCCUCUUCCCUGAUCAUGCAUAUCCUGACUUCAAAUGUGAGUUUUCCUCAGAGAUAAAACAUUCUUCCUUUCUGUCUCUGCAGGUUGUUGAAAAGUGCUGCUGCACAGGAAGGCUAUGAUUUCCUUUCUAGGGUUCUGGGUGAGAACCCGUUACUGCAGAGAGAACUCAAUGUGAGUGAGAAAAUAAACGGAGACUCCGAGGUGAAGCAGCUCUCUGCUCUACUGGAGGAUUCACACUGCAGACCAGAGAUACUCAAGGUAAAUAAGAGCGGGAUGGGAAAUGAAGGCUGUGCUGCUCUGGCAUCAGCUCUGUGUUUAAAGCCGUCACACCUGAGAGAGCUGGAGCUGAGUGGGAAUCCACUGGGAGGAUCAGGAAUGAAGGAGCUCUGGGAUGUGCUGAAAAAUCAACAGUUCAAACUGCAAAAACUGGGGUUGUGUCAGUGCCGUCUCUCUGAGGAAGAUUGUGGUGCUGUUGUAUCGGCUCUGAGAACAAACCCCUCACACCUCAAGGAGCUGGACCUGAGUGAGAACACGAUUGGAGACUCAGGAGUGAAGGAGCUCUCUGAUCUACUGCACAACUCAAACUGCACUCUGGAGAAACUGAAACUCAGUAAAUGUCGUCUCACCCAAAAACAAUGUGGUGUCCUGGCUAAAGCUCUGGAAUCGAACUCCUCAUCACAUCUGAAAGAGCUGGAUCUCAGAGGGAACGACAGAGUGUCAAUUUGGAAUGUUUUUAGUUAUUUUUUUGGGAAUUCAGAAUCUAAAUUGACUGUGAGAAUGUUGAGUCCUGAAGCAGAAAAGGUCUGUGAUGUUCUGACUGAACGUCUGGGUAUAAACCCCUUACUGCACAGAGAACUGGAUCUGAGUGAGAAAAUAUCCGGAGACUCAGGAGUGAAGGAGCUCUCGGUUCUACUGAAGGAUCCACAGUGUAGAACUGAGAAACUCAGGCUGAGUAACUGCAGUAUUACAGUGAGCGGCUGUACUGAUCUGAUAUCAGCUCUUACUUCAAACCAUUCACACCUGACAGAGCUGGACCUGAGUGAGAACACACUGGGAAAUCCAGGAGUGACUCAGAUCUCUACUCUACUAAAGAGCUCAUCCGGCAAACUCCAGACGCUUCGACUUUCAGACUGUAAUAUAACAGAGAAAGGAUACACUGAUCUGGCUGAAGCUCUGAAGUCACAGCGCUCAUCACACCUGAGAGAGCUGGAUCUCAGAGGGAACGACCCUGGAGCAUCAGGAAUGAAGGAGUUUAGGAAUUUGCUGAAUGAUGGAAAAUGUACACUGAGGUUGUUGAAAAGUCCCAAUGCACAGAAAGCUUAUGAUCAUGUGACUAAAGUUGUGGGUAUAAACCCAAUCCUGCAGACGGACCUGAAUCUGAGUGGGAAAAUCGCAGGAGAUUCAGGAGCAGAGCAACUCUCUGCUUUACUGAAGGAUCCACACUGCAGAGCUGAAAAACUUCAACUCCGUGAGUGUAAUCUGACAGAGAAAGGAUGUUCAGCUCUGCUCACAGCUCUCAGAUCAGAAUCCUCCACCCUGAGGGAGCUGAAUCUGAGUCAGAACAGGAUUCAGGAUUCAGGAGUGAAGCUGCUCUCUGCAGAACUGAAGAAUCCACACUGUAAACUGGAGACUGUGAGGUAACAUCUAAUACACACUUCAUUCAUCAUCCAGAGGCUCUGAUAGAGCCGUGAAAUACAGUAGAUGUCGUCGUGUCAGUGUUGUGGUGUCUGUAGAUUUC